UUCAUUAUUUAUUUCCUUGCAAUCAUUGCAGAUGUGGAGGUUUCCCAGCUCUGGAGCAGAGCGCGUCUGCAGAGCGUUUCCUCAGCAGCUCAGCUCGUCUGUGGCGCAGUCUAAUCCAGUGGCAGCCUUGACAGGGUUAAUUGGACGCAGUUCUAGGAGUGGAUAAUUACAGAAAGGGAUCGAUACCACUGGCUCCUGCUGGAGACCGUCCCUGACGCAGAAGGAUUGAAGCACAGUUCACUUCUUGCCCGUCGCAGAGGAAAGAAAGUCAGGCUGUGGGCUCCUAUAUAAGACUACUUAAGUUGGGCUACAGAGGUUGAUCACAAAGAAAACGACCUGGGGAAGAACGCAGGGUAGAAUACUGAAACUGACAUGGAAUCAAGGCGGUGCACGAAGAUACGGGGAUCCCAGAGACUCAUUCAGAAACUGUGAACAAUAACUGGAGGAAGAAAAACGAGGGGGUUCAGAGCAGCAUGUCUGUGGCACGACGAGGAAAGAACAACGCUAAACGUGUAAGACCCGCUCCAAGGUAUCCCUCAGCAUUGUUGCAGAUCGAUUCUGUGUGCAGCUCAAAUCUUAACACCAAUUGUAUGCAGCACUGUUGUGACGGUUUUAACGGUUUAUCUCAAGCAAGACUGGAAAGUUACAACAUGUUUAGUCGGGACAUAUAAGGGCGAUAACAAUCGGGCUACAGUAAUUGCAAAGGAAAUGGAAUUCCCUGCUGUAUGUGCACACAUGAGCCGAUGAGAGAGAGAGAAAAAGAACUAUAAAAACGACAAAAACAACUUUAAACCAGGAUUUGUUUUUAAAGAGGAGUGCGAAUGAAUGACGACACAUUUCCCGCUGAUCUGAGCGGAUCUGCUUGCUGCGUGGAUAACUUGCAACUAUCUGGUUGAUACUGUUGGGGGGUUCUUUGGGAUCGUGGCUCCUAAAGGAUUACCCCACCGGGUUCUGGUGAGAAUGCAAGCCGGCUUGAGAGCACUGUUUGCGGGCACCGGAGCUUCUCUCUGCUGCCUGUUCCUCCUCUGGGUCAUCUACUCGCAUUUACUAAAAGAAGGUCAAUUAGCAGUGGGGACAUGUGAAAUCGUCACUCUGAACAGAGAUAGCAGUCAACCAAGGAGGAUGAUAGCCAGGCAAACAGCGCGGUGUGCCUGCAGGAGAGGGCAGAUCGCUGGGACUACUCGGGCGAGGCCAGCCUGCGUCGAUGCUCGGAUAGUAAAGAACAAGCAGUGGUGUGAGAUGGCGCCCUGUUCAGAAGGUGAACUCUGUGGUUUACUAUUGAACCGGUCGGGAUGGACGUGCUCCAAAGGAGGGGGCCGGAUAAAGACAGUGACAGUUUCCUGACAGCCAUAGAAAAGAAGCCAUCAUUGCCAGGCAACAUCUCGUCUUCAGUACCUCAAUUCCAAUCCACUACUGUGGAGAGCACCAUCUGUUGACUGUCACUUGGUUACACUCAUGUCACAUCGAGCUAAAGCCGUUUCUGCUGCGGCAUUUAGACUAUAAUUCCUAGGCAAACACUUCCCAAAGCCUCAACUGCCAGCAGACUCCCAACGAUAUUGGCCACGGCUUCUUUUUUUUUUGUUUUUGGCUGCAGACUUUACACAGGGAAAAAAAAAAACUAAAAUAACCCGGAUUGGAAAGACUUGAUUUACAUCAGGGCUUUGAGGCAAGCAUCUGUGUCAGAUUCAGAGGAUGUGCUUUAUACACUUUUUUAAGUUUUGUGUUUCAAAAA